AGCGUCCCACCGCCAUCUUUACCGGCUGUGGCUCUGCGUGGUCAGUGCCAUUUCACCUUUAUUGUGGUGGAGUCCACCCUGGUUGUGGACCUCAGAUAACCCUGUACAAAGAGGAAUGCAGAUUGCCUCUAUCCACCUAGAUUCAUAAGCUGCCUUGAGGUGAUCUUGGCAUCAAGAAAGAGAGCAUUGAGGCACAUCUCACAAUCAGCUUCAGAGGAUGUCAGCCAUUGACUUGUCCUUUGGGUUUUUUUCCAGGGAACCAAUCUGCCCUUUUGAAGAAAAGACAAAGAUAGGAACGAUGGUGGAGGACCACCGGUCAAAUUCUUACCAGGAUUCAGUGACGUUUGAUGAUGUGGCUGUGGAGUUCACCCCAGAGGAGUGGGCUUUACUGGACACAACUCAGAAAUACCUCUACAGAGAUGUGAUGCUGGAAAACUACAUGAACCUGGCCUCUGUGGAUUUCUUUUUCUGCUUAACUUCAGAAUGGGAAAUACAACCUAGAACCAAACGGUCAUCACUUCAGCAGGGUUUUUUGAAGAAUCAGAUAUUCACUGGGAUACAAAUGCAGACAAGAAGCUACAGUGGAUGGAAACUCUGUGAGAAUUGUGGUGAGGUCUUCAGUGAACAGUUUUGCCUUAAGACACACAUGAGAGCUCAGAAUGGAGGGAACACUUUUGAGGGUAAUUGUUAUGGAAAAGACAUCCUCAGUGUGCACAAGGAAGCCUCUAUUGCACAGGAACUUUCCAAAUUUAAUCCAUGUGGAAAAGUCUUCACCUUAACUCCAGGCCUUGGUGUACAUCUUGAAAUUCUCAAUGGAAGACAACCCUACAAAUGUAAGGAAUGUGGAAAAGGCUUUAAGUAUUUUGCAAGCCUUGAUAAUCACAUGGGAAUCCACAUUGGAGAGAAACUCUGUGAAUUUCAGGAAUGUGAGAGCGCCAUCACACCUUCCUCACACCUAAAGCAGUAUGUAACAGUUCAUACUGGAAAGAAAUCCGAAAAGACUAAGAACUGUGGGAAAUCCUUCACUAAUUUUUCUCAACUUUCUGCACAUGCAAAAACUCAUAAAGGAGAGAAGUCCUUUGAAUGUAAAGAAUGUGGAAGAUCCUUUAGAAAUUCCUCAUCCUUUAAUGUUCACAUUCAAAUUCACACUGGAAUAAAACCACACAAAUGUACGGAAUGUGGGAAAGCCUUCACUAGAUCAACUCACCUUACUCAACAUGUAAGAACUCACACUGGAAUAAAACCCUAUGAAUGUAAGGAAUGUGGCCAAGCCUUCACUCAAUACACGGGCCUUGCUAUACACAUACGAAAUCACACUGGAGAGAAACCCUAUCAGUGUAAGGAAUGUGGGAAAGCCUUCAAUAGAUCCUCAACCCUUACUCAACAUAGAAGAAUUCACACAGGAGAGAAGCCUUAUGAAUGUGUUGAAUGUGGGAAGACCUUCAUUACUUCUUCCCAUCGUAGUAAACAUUUGAAAACUCACAGUGGAGAAAGGUAAAUGCAAGAUAUGUGGGAAAGAAUUUCUGUAUUCCUCACCCCACCUGUGAACUCAUACCAGACAGAAACCCUUUGUAUGUAAAGAAUGUGGGAAAGCAUUUGCUGUUUCCUCGUGCCUAAGUAUGUAUGAAAGAAUUCACACUGGGGAGAAAUCCCAUGAAUGUAAGGAUACACGUGUUGUUACCAUUUAGCCCAUUCGUUGCCAUCUUUAAUUAUUGGCAGUGCAAAGAUCAUCAGAUUUGUCCUAAAUGCCUUUCGGAGGUUAUAAUGGCUCAUGGAUUGGCCUUAGAUGCCAUCCCGAGGCAUCUGAAAUUAAGCCUACAGGUUCUGAAUACAGCUUCAUGGUUGCCUGAGUCUGGGCAUCUGUGAAGAAGGGUCAUGGAUGGUGAGGUCGGUACUGCAGGCUGCCUCACCUUGGUGAUUAGAUUCCUAAGAUCUUAGCAUUAACAAGUUCUGCAUGAGAUAAAUCAUGCAGAUUGAUCCUAGCCCGUUAGUUAGUAGCUGCCAGUGUGGCACAUUCAUGUCAAAAUUUACCAGAAGCCAAGAUUAUGUAGGCCCCAGAGGUGGAUUGUUAAAAAGAUGCUCCUCCAAGGUUCUCUUCUGUUCCCAUGGAUCCUGCAGAGCAUGUCAGGAAUGAAACCAUCCAUAACUGCCAAUGCCCUUUCACAGCUGAGUAUUUCUGUGUCCCCUUCUUGUAAAAUAAGAAGUGUGACAACCUUGCCUGUUCUGUUCUGUCUUCUCUGUCCAUUUUAGGUGGCACAAUGUAAGUGGCAGUGUCCCUUCUGGUAUAAUCCAGUCUCUCUUCUCAUUUCUGUUAAGAUGGCUGAUAUAGUCCAUGAAUCCCACUCAUGAUCUCUUUAUCAAAUGAUUGUUCAGCCACACUUUGAGGAUUCUCUUCAGUACAAGUUUUCUAAUUUUUGCAGUAUGGAUAGGCUGAGAAUUUUCCAAAUCUCCAAGUUCUGGUUCCUUUUUCCUUAACAAUUUCUUCUGCAAUUCAGGUUUCCUCUUUUGCAUUUUUGCCGAGACCAGCUGGGUCGUGGAGACCCUAACCCAGCCGCUCUAGAGGAAUUAAGACAAAGACACAGAAAUAGAGUGCAGAGUGGGAAUCGGGGCUGACAGCCUUCAGAGCUGAGCUUGAACAGAGUUUGACCCACAUAUUUAUUGACAGUAAGCCUGUGAUGAGCAUUAUUUCUAUAGAUUAUUGAUUAGCUAAAAGUAUUCCUUACAGGAAAGAAAGGGACAGGCUCUGGCUUGUUAUCUGCAGCAGGAACAUGUCCUUAAGGCACAAAUCACUCAUGCUAUUGUUUGUGGUUUAGGAAUGCCUUGAGCAGUUUUCCAGUUUUCUGCCCUGGGUGGGCCAGAUGUUCCUUGCCCUCAUUCUGGUAAACCAGCAACCUCCAGCAUGGGUGUCAUAGCCAUCACGAACAUGUCACAGUGCUGCAGAGAUUUUAUUUAUGGCCAGUUUCUCAUGGCCUGUUUAUGGCCAGAUUUGGGGGGCCUGUUCCCAGCACAUUUUUCUGUAAGCAGUCAAGAAGAAUGAAGCUUCCUGUGUCCUUUAACACUUUAAUUACAGAUCUUAGUGAUGCAUACCGAGUUUUAUCUCUCUCAAGCUCUAUCUUCCACAAAGUGCUAGAAUACAGUUCUGCCAAGUUUUUCACCACUUUAUAUCAAGGGUUGUCUUUUCUUCAUUUCUCAAUAGAAUGUUCCUUGUUCCCCAAUGACAUCUCACCAGAAUCACCCUUACCAACCUUAUUUCCAGCUUGCACAUCAGAAUUUUUCCAGCCUCUACUCAUUUGUCAGUUUCAAAGCUGCUUAACAUUUUUAGUUUUUUUGUUUGUUUUUAAUUGCAGUACCUCACUUCUCAGUACCAAAAUCUGCCUUAGUCAGCUCAGGCAACCAUAAUAGAAUACCACAGACCAAAUGGCCUACAAAUUAAAUUUUAAAUCAAUGAGGUAAAAAACACAGAUUUUUUUUUUUUUUUUGAGAUGGAGUUUCGCUCUUGUUGCCUGGGCUGGAGUGCAAUGGGAUGAUCUUGGCUCACUGCAACCUCCGCCUCCGAGUUCCAGCAAUUCUCCUGCCUCACCCUCAGUAGCUGGGAUUAUUGGCAUGCACCACAAACCUUGGCUUAGUUUGUGUUUUUAUUAGAGACAGGGUUUCUCCAUGUUGGUCAGAUCUGACCUUAGGUGAUCCACCUGCCUUGGCCUCCCAAAGUGCUGGGAUUACAGGCCUGAGCCACCAUAUCUGGCCCAAAACACAAAUUUAUAUUCUCACAUAUCUGGAGGCUGGAAGUCUGAGAUCAGAGUACCAGCAUUGUCAACCUCUAGUGAGAGCUCUCUUCCUGGCAUGUAAGUGCCCACUUCCUCAUGUCUUCACACAAUGGAGACCAACAAAUAGGUCAGUCCGUCUCCCCCCUCCCCACCCCCUUCUCUUUUCACAUACAGUCACAUUGGGGUUUGGAGCUUCAUAUGAAAUUUGGGGGGUCGCUAUAUAUAUAUGUGUGUAUAUAUAUAUACACCCAACUCCUAAAGUGGAAAACUAAGUCAUUAUUUACAGAUUAUCUAAUUCUCUAUGUGGAAAGAGAAAAGGAUCAUAUUAAGUACUUUGGACUGUACAAUGACCCCCAAAACUCAUGUAAUGAUGAAGCUCUCUCUGAAUAUUUUCUUGCUUUACUGGACUGAUUUCAACCUGCAGUGCACACCAUCUAAAAUUAGUAAUACCAGCAUACUUGUCUUUUCAGUUCUGGUGAGAUAUGCACUCCGUUUUAUUGGCUUGGCUAUAGGUUUUUAUUUCUUUUUUAUUUUUUGAAGAGGUUAUGUCCUAUCAGGGAACCUGCCCCAAUAUUCAUGUAGGUUCUUUUCUAUUUUCCCUAAGUGUUGGCCAGCUUGAGAAAUAAAGGGACAGAGUACAAAAGAGAGAAAUUUUAAAGCUGUGCGUCCGGAGGAGACAUCACAUGUCAGUAGUUUCUGUGAUGCCCCCCAAGCUGCAAAAUCCAGCUAGUUUUUAUUAGGGAUUUUCAAAAGGGGAGGGAGUGUGCAAAUAGGUAUGGGUCACAGACAUCAAGUACUUUACAAGCUAAUAGAAUAUCACAAGGCAAGUGGAGGCAGGGUGAGAUCACAGGACCGAGGCGAAAUUAAAAUUGCUAAUGAAGUUUUGGGCACUAUUGUCAUUGAUAACAUCUUAUCAGGAGACAGGGUUUUGAGAUCAACCAGUCUGACCAAAAUUUAUUAGGCGGGAAUUUCCUCUUCCUGAUAAGCCUGGGAGCGCUAUGGAAGACUGGGGUCUGUUUCACCCCUGCAGUCUGGAGCAUAAGAGACGGCUAUGCCCGGGGGGCCAGUUCAGAGACCCACACCCAGGUGCGCAUUCUCUUUCUCAGGGAUGUUGCUCACUGAGAAAAAGAAUUCAGUGAUAUUUCUGCCAUUUGCUUGUGAAAGAAGAGAAAUAUGGCUCUGUUCCACCCGGCUCACCGGCGGUCAGAGUUUAAGGUUAUCUGUCUUGUUUCCUAAACAUUGCUGUUAAAUCCUGUUCUUUUUUCAAGGUGCCCAGAUUUCAUAUUGCUCAAACACAUGCUGUACAAUUUGUGCAGUUAAUGCAAUUAUUACAGGGUCCUGAGGCAAUAUACAUCCUCCUCAGCUGACAGGAUUAAGAGAUUAAAGAGAGGCAUAGGAAAUCACAAGGGAAGUGAUUGGGGAAGUGAUAAGUGUCCAUGAAAUCUUUACAAUUUAUGUUUGGAGAUUGCAGUAAAGACAGGCAUAAGAAAUUAUAAAGGUAUUAAUUUGGGGAACUAAUGAAUGUCCAUGAAAUCUUCAAAUCCACGUUCUUCUGCCAUGGCUUCAGCCGGUCCCUCCGUUUGGGGUCCCUGACUUCCCGCAACAAUGUCCUGCAGGAAAAGUUUUUUCUUUAUAUCCAGUUUUUACAUGAUGAAUGAUUUCCCAAUAUUUCAUAAUUUAUGAGGCUGAAUUCCUCUUGAAUUUAUUAAAUACUUCCUGUGCAUCCUCUGUGAUGAUCAUGUUUAUUUACUGAUAAAACUCAAUACCUAGAACUGCACCUAGCUCAUGAUGGUACCUAAUAAAUACUUCAAUGAAAUGAUGUGGUGAUGCAUGCCUAUAGUUUUAGCUACUUGGGAGGAUGGCCUGAGCCCAGGAGUUCUAGACCAGCUUAGGCAACAUAGCAAGACCCCAUCUCAAAAAAAAAAA